AUGGAUGAAGAAAGAAAUGUAACAUAUAUAACUCUAAGUGGGUUUGUACAAGUUGAAAAAUACAGAUAUGUGUAUUGUGUUAUUAUUUUUACAAUAUAUGUUCUAAUAAUUUUCUGUAAUUGCACCAUUGUGAGCCUCAUUGUGAUUCACCGAAACCUCCAUGAGCCUAUGUACAUUUUCAUUGCAGCUUUGUUAAUCAACUCUGUUCUGUUCAGCACUGCGAUUUACCCAAAGCUUUUGAUUGACUUUUUAUCUGAGCGACAGAUCAUAUCACAUCCACUGUGUCACUUUCAGUAUUUUAUAUUUUACGCUUUAGGCGGGUCAGAGUUCUUACUGUUGGCAGCCAUGGCCUAUGACAGAUAUGUGUCUAUAUGUAAACCUCUGCAAUAUCCAACUAUCAUGAGAAAAACUACCAUCAGUGGUUUUUUGCUUUUGUCGUGGCUUGUUCCUGCUUGUCAGGUUGCAGGAUCAGCUACACUGAGUGCGAACAGAAAACUCUGUAACUUUACAUUGAAAGGAAUUUUUUGCAACAAUUCAAUUCACAAACUUCACUGUGUGACUUCAAGAGCUCUGUCUGUGUAUGGUGUGAUUGUUUUGCUUAAUAUUAUGUUUUUUCCUAUGCUCUACAUAGUUUUUACAUACAUAAAGAUAUUUAUAAUAUCCUAUCAGAGUUGCAGAGAAGCCAGGACAAAAGCUGCACAGACCUGUUUGCCUCACCUGCUGGUUUUAAUCAGUUUUUCAUUGUUGUGUACAUAUGAUAUUAUUAUACUAAGACUGGAAUCUGAUUUUCCAAAAACUGCUCGUUUCAUAAUGACUUUACAGGUGGUUUUGUAUCAUCCUCUCUUUAAUCCAAUCAUAUAUGGACUGAAAAUGAAAGAAAUCUCUAAACACAUCAAGAGGUUGUUCUGUCAAGUAAAAUGA